AUGGGCUGCGGCGCCCGGAGUGACGUGCCCGCGCUCCAAUCGGAGCUCGGCGAGCGGCGGCGGCGGUAUAAUCAUCCUUUUGAAGAUGACUUUCUUGUUUCCAUGGAAACUCUCACUUACAAUACACCUGAUGGACCAAAACAAUGGGGGGAAGAGCCAGUCAAAAGCCUUAAAAAAUCGAGGAAGAAAAAACCUAAGCGUUCUUUCAGAAGUCGAGAGCAUGCAGGUGAAGAAAGCGAUGCAGAUGUAGUUGCAGUCGGAAGAAAAUUCGAAUGCAUUCACUUCCAGAAUCUGAAUGUUGGUGAUAUGGAAACGCCAAAUAAAGUAAAAGUUCAAGUGGAUGUGAUAGUACAAGAAGAUGCUAGAGAUAUUCCAAAGUGGAUUGAGAUAAUCCCUCAAGAAUCAUCAAAGGCUCUUUACUUAGCUUCACCAGUGCAAGAGCUGAUUGAUACAAGCAACCAGGCCAUUGUUUGCAAAAAGAAAGUGAGCUUUGAAAAUGACUGUUCUUCAUCCAGACCUCUCCAGUUAUAUUUGCCUUGUGUUUCCACUUCACCAAAUACAGUGUACCAACUUUUUCCAGAAGCAAAUGAAACUGCCUGUGAUGGUAUCUUGGAAUUACACCAAUCUGCAGAUGAGGAAUGUCCCUGGAGCAGUGCAGUAAUUGGAGACUUAUAUCCGGGGAUGGUAGAGUCACUAAUGAGGCUCAUGAAAAAGCAUUUUCAGAGAAAAGUGUUUAAGUACAUAGCUCGCCACUACAGACGCAAAAAAAGGCGUUCCAGAAGAGCCAGGCUCAAUAUCACUGUAGAGAAAACAAAGGAGUUGAAACCACUUACACUGAAGCCAGCCCAGCCUGACACAUGGAGCAUCACCAAGGAAGGCAUUCAGAAUGUGCAUUUUGGAAAUAAUGCAAGUGCUAGUGAUAACAAGUGUCCCUUUCAUUUAAAUGGCCUGGUAUAUUAUUAUGACAGUGGUGAAAGUGAAAUGGAAGUGGACCGCUCUGAUUCAAAUUUAGAAUGUAAUUCAACAUUUGUUAAAGGCCAAAAUCUCCCUGAACAGGCUGUUCUUCCGAGUUGUACGGCUAGAAUAGGAGAAACGUUUCUAGUUGAAGAUCCUUUACAGGCUGCUGCCUCAGUGAAGAAUUCCAAAUGCAAUGAAAGUGAAAAUUGGACUUAUGAACGUUCUUCAGAUUACCCUUCUGAAACAUCUACUGUCAGUUCAGGGUCAGCAGCACUUCAUCUGGUAAAAGAAAGCAAAACUCACAAAACUAACUUCCCCUCUAGUGAUACCUCAAGAUUGUGCUCAUCAAUUUCCAAUUUCAGUAGCAAUGGUAAUGCUUUUGUACCAGUUAGAAACAGUUCUCUUACAGCAUCAAAUAUGUUUCUCAGAAAUCCUGAAAUGAAAUUUCCUAAGAGGGAGAUUUCUUUGCAGCGCAGCCACUCAUUUUCCUCUUUGCCUGGGAAUCGGAGACCUUCACAGACUCAGCAAUACGAAGAUGCGUUUGAAGAACUCUACUACAAACUAUGUUCCAAGGAAAUUCAAAAGCCCUUGAUGUUAAAAAAACUGCCUUCAAGCUCACGGAACCUUGAGGAGAAAGCAGGAUUAGUGAAGAGUAACUUAAGUGAUCCUGUGAGGUCCGAUGUAGACUGCGACAUAGCGUUUGAGAAAAUGUAUCGGGAAUUGACUGGUGAUAGUGUUCCAAACCUCCCUGGGCUUCAGAGAGCCUCAAACUUAAGGAAAUAUCAAGUAAUACAGAUGUCUGAAACUGUAAAUGCUCUUGUUAAUUCACCCCUUCAAACUUCAUCUGCAACUCCCAGAGUUAAAAGACUAGCAAGUGUUCAAAACGAUUCCCUCUCUUCACCUGUAAAGCGACUGAAAAAUACACCUGAACGUUAUUUUCCUCCAGCCAUUUAUCAUCAUCAGACUCACAGGAAAAAUGUUCAUCUUCUAAAAGGUGAUUUGGCUCCAUCAAGCACGUGCAGUGGCAGUAACUCCAGCUUUCAUCACACCUGCAACUGCCAAAGUCAGGACUCUGGAUCUUGCCCUUCUCCAAAUAAAACCUUUCUUGUUAGUCCUCGUGCUUCUCCGCAAGAGUCUGGAAUUGCAGACACCCACCCUGAUAAGCCUGGCACACAACAGAAUCGCAUCCUUCGGAGAAGCACGCGGAGGUGUAACCAAAGAUCUCUUGGAUUAUGA